UCUUCUCUCCGCCCGCUCUCUUGAAUCGGAGCGCUCUGUACCAUCAUUUGAAUCUCUCCACAAAAAAAAUCACAUGACUUGGAGACACUUCGAGUCUUAAAUUCAUCUCGCAUGCCUUAUUAGUUUUCAUGUGUCUUUUUUAAUUAAAAAAAUUAGGUUAAAAAGAAAACCUUUGAGUCCAAGAUGUCUGCGUUCUGGGAUCUGAAUUACACCGCGUCUACAAGUCCUCCAAAGACACCACCUCCUCUAAACUUUUCCAGGUCUGAAUUUAGCUACAGCAGCGGUAUGAGUUCACCCAUGCAAGAUGGACAUGACAACCUAGAUUGGAAAUCAAGUGAUCAAGUGGAAUUCACAAGAUUAAAUCCCUCCAGAACAAGAGACAGUACAGGAGAAUGGCAUAUGAUAACAGCCACACGUUCACUGCUUGGCAAUGAAAGAGAAUGCCAUAGGGAAGAUUCACAAGCACGAUGGUCAUACAACAGCUUGCCAAGAGCGCAUUUUCUCCAGCCAAAUAGAGACUCGAGUGCAUUUUCACCCUACACCAAUGAUUUUUGGUCACCCAGGAACACUCCUGAACUGCACCCGCUGGUACAGCCCGGUUUCUACAGUCCAAAAAUACAACGUUCCAAACACUGUGAUGAUGCACUGUCCACAAAAAAUGCUAUAAAAGGAUCUUCUACGAGCAACAUGAAAGAAUUUAAUAGUCACACAUUGCCUCUUCCAUGCUCAAGGACUGCUGUUCUCAAACACGGCCCCUUGUGCUGCAAGCCGCAAAAGGUUAAAACAUCAGUGGUGCAAACGCCACCUUUGAUGAGAGCUGUGAUUUCUCAAACCCCACCAAACUUUGAUCAAUCCAGCAAGAAGAACUUCAACGGUUUGUCCAAUCUACAGGAGCCAAAUCUAAAACUUUAUAGAAAUGAUCAAUCUGCGACUUGGAGUUCCAGUCAUCUAUCAACCAAACAUGCUGCACAAAGCCAGGAUUUAUUCACUGAGAUUUUGCCUACCACAAAUCAUCUUUCUAUCAACACCCAUUUGUUUCCUGAGCGCCAGCAUGCAACCGACCAGCUUGCAAGUUUGCCAAAGCUGAGUCAGGAGAGAUUUAGUGGCAUUAAAUCCUCUCAGAGUGACCCAGACCAAACCUCACCUAGCCAACCACAAAUCAGCUUGAUUCAACCAGACAGCAGCCAAAAACAAACUAUAGAUUUUAGACAUCAUGAAGACUGUGAUGUCGGAAAUAACUUCAAAAAUCACGUGAAAAGUCAGGUAGAGAUGAAUUCAAAGAAUGUGUUUGGUCAGCCUCGAAUGAUUGCAUCACUGCGGGAAGCGUGUUCCCCACGACCUAUUCGCAAGAGCACAGUGCUGGAAGAUUUGAAAAAACUCAUUGUGAUGGAUGAGACAGAGGAUGACCCUCAGCGUGAUCCAGUAUGUAAAUCAUCUUUUCAACAAAAAGAGGCAGGGCUUUGUGCCAGUCCUUUGUUAUCCAGUCCUGUAAACCAAUCGUAUCCAGAACCCACACCCACCCAUCUUUCCAUGCAAAACACAGAAUGCUGGGCAAUGCCUGAACAGACUGAAUGUGAGGUAUUGGACCAAGACCCUGAUCCCGAACCCAUGCCCCUACCAAACACAACCUGUCAACUUGACUGGGAUAGUCUGGUUGAAGCAGCCCAAGCCUAUGAGAUACAAAGGAUGGCAACCCUUCUGUCACAAAUGAGUCCUGCAUCAAGCAGGCCAGGAACACCAUCACAACACCAUCACUCCAAUCCCUCAUACAACGAAGAAGAUACAGAUUUUAUUUACAGUGAUAUUUUUAUUGACUUUCCUGACCAACUCUCGCACCUGGAGGGGAUGCUUAGGAGAUUGAGCAGUGAUCUACUGAAGGAGAAGAGGGACAAGGUGGCCCUGCUGGCCGAGGUAUUGAAGCUUCGCAUAAGCAACCAGCAUCUGAGAGAGGAGUCCCUGUGUGCGGUUUCGCAACUACACAAAAUUUACGAAAUUUUAAAAGCAACACCUGGAGGGGUCGAUUGA